AGAAAUAAGAUGUCAGGUAAAGGUUUUUCUAGUGGUGUUGAUAAACAUGAGUCGGCAAUUGCUUCCGAUAUAGAUUCUAGUGAUAUUGAGGUCAGUCAAAUACCAAAUCCUCCCAUUAGAAGAUCAUCAUCACUUUUUUCAUUAUCAUCGAAUCAAGAACCAUUACCAAAACCAGAUGAAAAAGAGUAUCAAAGGUUUUUGGAUGACUCAAGACAUUUUAGUUUAAUUCGUAAUUUACAUAUGGCUGAUUUUAUUACUUUAUUAAAUGGAUUUAGUGGAUUUUAUUCAAUUAUAUCAUGUUUAAGAUUUGCAUUAACUGGUCAAACUCAUUAUGUUCAAAGAGCUCAUUUUUUCAUCUGUUUAGGUUUAUUCUUUGAUUUUUUCGAUGGUAGAGUGGCAAGAUUAAGAAAUAAAUCUUCUCUUAUGGGUCAAGAAUUAGAUUCUUUAGCUGAUUUAAUUAGUUUUAGUGUUAGUCCGGCAAUAAUUGCUUUUGCAAUUGGUUUCAGAACUACUUUUGAUGUUUUAAUCUUAUCCUUUUGGGUCUUGUGUGGUUUAACAAGAUUAGCUAGAUUUAACAUUAGUACUAAUAAAAUUCCAAAAGAUAAAACCGGUAAAUCUCAAUAUUUUGAAGGUUUACCAGUUCCUUCGAAUUUAUUUUGGGUUGCCACAAUGGCUACCUUGGUCUAUAAAGAUUUGAUCUUAGACAAUUUACCCGGUGGUGUUUUCUUCGAAGAUACUUUUGCUGAAUUUCAUCUUGUCUGUAUUGGCUUCUUCUUACAAGGUUGUGCAGAAAUUUCAAAAUCUUUACAUAUUCCAAAACCUUAAAAAAAAAAAAAUCUUAUAGGUAUUUAGUUUUAUUUAUGAUUCAUUUUCUUACCGUUUUG